AUGCGUCGUUGUUUCUCAACUGCAACUAAUUAUUUUGAGAUUCAUUUGAAAAAUGAGUUGGCUGGAAUUAAGAAUGCAGGCACAUUUAAGAAUGAACGAGUCAUUCAGGGAAAACAAGGCGUAUUAGUCAAGGUCACUGGAUCCGACAAGCCAGUCAUCAACUUUUGUGCCAACAACUAUUUGGGCUCUAGAAACCCAUGGAGCUGGACUCUCGUCGGUCCGUUUCAUCUGUGGAAUCAAGAUAUUCAUAAGGAGUUAGAGCAGAAGAUUGCAAAGUUCCAUGGAACAGAAGACACGAUUCUGUAUGCGGCUUGCUUUGAUGCUAACGGUGGAAUUUUCGAAGUGAUGACUGGAGAGCAAGAUACGAUUAUUUCCGAUGAAUUGAAUCAUGCUUCAAUCAUUGAUGGAAUUCGAUUGAGCAAAGCAAAACGAUUGAGAUAUAAACAUUUGGAUUUGGAUGAUUUGGAAACGAAACUGAAAGAGUCCAAAGAAUCACGGUUCCGUCUUAUUGUCACUGAUGGCGUCUUCUCCAUGGAUGGUGACGUGGCACCGCUAGCUGAUAUUUCCAGUUUGGCUGAGCAAUACGACACUCUUCUGUUCAUCGACGAAUGCCACGCCACUGGAUUCUUUGGGAAAACUGGUCGUGGUACGGCUGAAGCCGUCGGAGGGAACCCCCACGUCAUCAACUCAACUCUCGGUAAAGCACUUGGAGGAUCAAUGGGAGGAUACACAACUGGACCAAAACCACUAAUUGAUCUAUUGAGACAACGAUCCCGCCCGUAUCUAUUCUCGAAUUCUCUGGCUCCAAGUAUCGUGGGAAGCAGUAUUAAGGUAUUCGAUUUGCUUAUGAACGAUUCCUCGUUCAUUGGCUCACUGCAAACAAAUGUUGCUCAUUUCCGUAAAAGUAUGGCUGCCAAUGGAUUCACCAUUCUUGGAAACGAUCCAACGCAUCCAAUCUGUCCAGUACUUUUGGGAGAUGCAAAACUGGCUGCCACUAUGGCUGAUGAACUUCUGAAGUUGGGAAUCUAUGUCAUCGGAUUCUCAUUCCCAGUGGUUCCAAAAGGAAAGGCUCGUAUACGUGUUCAAAUUUCGGCUGCCCAUUCAAAAGAACACAUUGAUCAACUGAUUGAUGCUUUCGCCAAAGUAGGAAAGAAAUUGAAUGUUGUCUGA